AUGGCGGAGAAGAAGUCACAGGAGACAGAAAAGCCAGGCGACGAUGGAGAGUCGGCCGAAUUGGAGGAGCUUCGUACUCUCCAAGAACUGCGCUCCAAAGCACAGGAAGAAGUGGAUAGUCUUCGCGCAUUGCUCGAAAAGACAAGGCAGGGCAGGAUUAAAUUGCAGCUGGAAACAGCGAUGCUUGCAAGAAUUCGGGAAGCGACGCAAAAAUGCACUGACAAGCUAGAGUUAACUCUCGAGAAGGAGGCUGGUGAUGCAGCAGUAGAGGAAGCUGCGCAUCUGGAGGAGCUAGCAGCAUACGAAAACCGUGCACACGUUUUAGAAGUACAAGGGACCUUAGAAGAGGAAGCACAGCAUAUUUCAACUCAGCAACUCCUGGCUGCGGCUGACAAGUACUUUCAAAAAACCUUGGCCGCAACGCAAGCUAGGACCAUGGAGUUUAAAGCAAUGACUCAAAAAGAGGCUGAUGAGACGAGGGAAGAAGUGGAAGCCCUCCAGAAAACUCUAGAUCAACAUUUAAAAAAAAUUAAGGAGACUUUCGAAAAGAGUACCGAAGAGCUUCAACUGCAAUGCGAAAGGGAACGGAAGGAACUGGAGGAAUCUCUAGAGCUGCAAGAAAACGUGGCCAUGCUAGAGGUGGAAGAGCAAAAAAAUUGCCACAAGAAUAAACUUAAGGAGUUCAAUGAAGAGGCGCUUGGCAGGUUAAAAGCAUACUAUGAGGACAUUACACGAGACAACUUACAGCUCGUCAAGAAGCUGCGGGCCGAGAACGAGAGGAUGUCAGCUAAUAACAAACGGCUCAAAAAGGAAAUAGAGAUAAUGGCAGCACAAAAUGCGAAGAUUCGGGAACCUCUUCGAGAGCAAGAAGCUCUAAAAUGGAAGAAAACAUAA